UACUUCUCAUUCAAACCCGAAAAUUUCAGCUAAAAUUUCUCCCCAACUCUGAAAAUCAAACCCUAUAACUAUUCUCCCCAAUUCAGAAAAUCAAAAACUCAAAACGCAUCUCUUCUCUACUCUUCUCCAUCCCCCAAAUCGCAAAAUCUCUUCUCUCCCCAUCCUCCCACCCCGAGACCAGACAAGCUUCUAUGGUUACCGAACCCCAAUGGAAAAUUUUCCGUUAAAUCUGCCUAACAUCUUGCAACCCAACUCACUGGUACGCCAACCACAAAAGCCCCUGAAAGGAUUAAGAGAACUACCUCCUCAGCUGCUUCGCUCAUACCGAAGAGGAUUAUAAGAGGAAUGCAUAUAUGGAGGCAGACUUGCGAUGUUCAAGUGCUAUACUAAGUAUGGAAAAGAGGCUGAGAGCAGCUUGCCAUGCUUCUGAUUCAAAUAUAGAUAAUGUUGUGAAGGUUGCAGAGUCAAAAGUGGAGAGUUAUGAUGCAGAAUUAUCAUCACUCAAGCUUCAAAUAAAAGAGUUGAAUGAGAAGUUAGAUGGUGUAAAUGAAAGGGCCAAAUCUUUUGAGAGAGAAGCAAAGAUACUGGAGCAGGAGAAGAUCCAUUUGGAGCAGAAGCAUGUAUCUGAGUUCAAAGGGUUUGAUCAAGUACAGGAAAGGUGUAUAAUUGCUGAAAGAGAAGCUAGUAGAGCAACUGAAGUAGCUGAUAAAGCUCGGGCUGAAGCAGGUACUGCUCAAAAGGAAAAGAGUGAGAUGCAGAGGUUGGCAAUGGAACGAUUGGCGCAGAUUGAGAGGGCUGAGAGGCAAAUUGAAAAGGGUUGCGUUAACGCGCACCUGUUAACAACAAUCUUUUGCAGCUUUUUGCUGCAUUUAUUCUACUUUUCAGCUUUUUGAUAAUUGUUUAACAUUUUUUUUUUAAUAUAAUCUUUUUUAACCAUUUUUUAAUAACUUUUUGUCACCUUUAUUAAGUCAGACCCAAUUUGGGAGAGGCAUAAGAAUGAUUUGGCAGAUGAGAAUAUGUGUAUCAGAGAUAGAUGCUGUUCAAAAGUUGCACUAUUGGAGGCAAGAGUAGAGGAAAGGGAGAGAAAUAGAUUCAUUAUUGACGUCGAACAAUGGCGAAAGGUCUACUACAGUACAAGCCCUUCAGAGUCUUCUGGACUCUGAACAUGCAGCACAUGCAGAGGCCAACAACAGGGUAGAAGCCCUCUCUCUUCAGCUACAAUCCGCACAAGCGAAAAUUGACAAGCUCCAGCAAGAGUUGACCAAAGUUUGUAUUAAUGAAACAGCACUGGAUAGUAAGCUGUAGAUGACUUUGAAAUGGGUUUGGAAUCCGUACAUGGAUACAAUUGACAAAAUCAUGAGAGGAAACAAGAGGUUUCCUAACAAGAGAACACAUAAUUUAGAGGGAGUUGAUUUGAUAGAUUAGUAUAGAGCAGUGAACACAUAAUAAGCAGAAUUAAUGCUAUAUCCCAUUGGGGUGGCAAGCCAAAACCGCCAAAACAAAGGCUCUCACUGUACAUGUCUAAAUUAUGUAUGGCAGAAACCAUUUAUGGUAAUGACAUGCACCUAUAACGGAAAAAAAAAAAAUGAAUUUCAUAUGUCUAAAUCCUAUUACAUGUAUUAUCCAAUCAAUACACAGUUGAAUAUCCU